GUAUCCUAAAAUCAUUAGUGUUGUGUAGUUCGUCGUUCGUAGUGGUGUCUCGUUACGCGAGUUCUUAAAAUUCUGAGAAGUUUUUUUUAUCAUUUACGAUUAUCGCCCAAUUACCUUUUUCCUAUUUGUAUAGAGGUUUAUUAAACAAUCUAUGUGUUCGAAUUGUGCAGUGCGUGAUCGGAUUCAAAAUAGUCUUAUUCAGAAUAAUUUCAAAUCUGAUAUUUUAGUGGUUCGUUUAAUCAUUAAGACUGAAAAAUAGUAAUUUUUCGAUUGAAACAAAGACAAUAAUUUUCGUGGUGCUAAACAAAACAUUUGUUCAUUUCGAAGUACGUCCUUUUUAUCUUAAAAAGUGAUUAAAGAACUGUCUUUGCAAUGACAAUAGAGAACAUGUAAAUCUGUCGUAUAAUACACCGAGAAAAGUAAACACUAACCUAGGUUAUAGCCUUAUACAUAUGGUAUGGUUAUUAUAUAUCGUGUAGAGGUUGUUGAUGAUGAGAUAAUUUCACGUAUACUCAUAGGUACAAAAAAUUAGUGACUCCAUCCAUCAGUCGAAUCGUACGAAUCGGUUGGUGUGUUUGGUAUUAAAGCAAACAAAAGUGUAUUAUAAGAUAUAAAGUUACAUAAUGUGAUAACGAACUACUACCGAUAAAAAAUUGGAACUAAAAUUGUUAAUUAAAAUUAGUGUGAUAUCUCUGUAAAUACGUGAACUUAUGUGAUAUCAAUUAGUGCUUUACACUUUACAACGCUGCCUUGAAUGCUCAUGAAAUGACCGUUACUUACACCGCUGAAGUUGCCACAUGUAGAGGAUUCGGUUGCUUUCUCAAAUUACUAUUUAGAUGGCGAGGCAGCAUUUACAAGCUAGUAUGGCUAGAUUUAGUGUGCUUUUUAUUUAUAUAUUACUUUUUGAACAUAAUGUACAGAGCAGUAUUAGACGAAAGUCAGAAGAGAAUAUUCGAAGGAGUAGUGAAGUACUGUGCAGCGUAUAGUAAUCUUAUUCCACUCUCGUUUGUGUUAGGCUUUUAUGUUUCAAUUGUGAUGACUCGAUGGUGGCAACAGUAUUCAUCGAUUCCAUGGCCCGAUUCGUUAGGGGUCUAUGUCUCGGCCAAUGUCCACGGUCAAGAUGACAGAGGCCGUCUAAUGCGUCGUACAAUAAUGCGUUAUGUUUGCUUAUGUCUUACCAUGGUUCUAACGAACAUUUCUCCCCGAGUGAAAAAACGAUUUCCAACGUUACAACAUCUCUAUCAAGCUGGUCUCCUAGCAGAAAAUGAGAAAAUUGUUAUGGAAACGUUCAACAGUAAAUUUAAAAGUUAUUCGAAGCAUUGGAUGCCCAUUGUGUGGGCAGCAAGUAUUAUAACACGUGCACGAAAAGAGGGACGAAUUCGAGACGAUUUUGCAGUUAAGACGCUAAUCGACGAACUAAAUAAAUUUCGCGGUCAAGCUGGACUUCUUAUUGCAUUCGAUACGAUUAGCGUUCCUUUGGUUUACACCCAAGUCGUGACACUUGCCGUCUAUUCGUAUUUUGUAACGGCUGUUGUGGGUCAGCAAUGGGUGGAAAAUAAAACGAUAGAGGAGGGAUUCCUGAACAUGAUCGAUAUGUAUUUUCCCAUAUUCACGUUGUUACAGUUUUUCUUUUACAUGGGCUGGUUGAAAGUGGCCGAAUCGCUGAUUAAUCCGUUCGGUGAAGAUGACGACGACUUCGAAGUGAAUUGGAUGGUUGAUCGAAACCUUCAAGUGGCCUACAUGAUUGUCGACGAAAUGCACAACGAUCAUCCGGAAUUGAUCAAGGACCAAUACUGGGAUGAAAUCUUUCCAAACGAGUUGCCUUACACAACCGAAACCAUGGCAUUCAAGGAAAGCCAUCCGAUGCCAUCAACAGCAAACAUUCCUGCUGCGUUGAAUGCACGUCAAGGAGGAAAAUUUGACGAAAUGGUCGGUAAAAGUGUAUAUUCCGUUAAUUACAAGUUCCCAGACAGUAAUAUCGAGGGUGACGACGCAGCGUCAGGAAUUCAUUUCACCGCUGGUCGUAAUAGAGGGUCACGUCAUGGUUCGUCAGCGAGUGUGUCCAGCAUGGCAGUACCCAAUUCAAUGACAAGGACUAACACAGUUGCUUCGGCUUUGAAAAGAUUCUUCAGUACGGACAGUUCUAAGUCAGCACCGAUUCCAUCUCCUGAUAUUCGUCUCACUGGAUCAGCCAGCUCUGCUAGUAUAUCAAAUCAAUAUCCAUCAAGAUAUCCCGCAGGCAGCAUGAAAAUAACGGACCAGACGAUUGAAGAAGUAGAUGAACAAUUGACAAUAACGUCGAUGCGUGCCAACGAACCUCGGCCAACUGCUCAAAGUAUUUUCAUGCCACCACCGAGUCAACCAGUCGAUGUUCCGACCACAACGUAUAUGGCCAGAAAUUACAACCGUAUGCAUUCAACCGUUGAGCCUCCCACCUCCAAUUCAUUCAUUUUCCCGAUGAACAAUGCUGAUAUGGAAUAUUUUGUCAGUGCAUCAGCACCCACUCCCACCAUCGAAUGUCCUGACACACAAAAUUCACCGAACGAUGAUGGCUUCGAUUUUAACAUUAAUUUCAGAGAAAUUGAACAAACUGAACCUCAGACGUUAGACGAAGAUGAUGAUUUCGAGAAAUUGCGGCUGGCACGUGAAAAAGAGCGACUCGAACGACAGAAACAGAAGCUGGCAAGGUCAAUAAGUACUCAGCCGAAUCAGAAUCCUUGAAUAAAUGAUUAAUUUAGUGUAUUACUUGAACAUCACCGAAUGAUAUGUUUUUAUAUAUAUAUUCCUAUCUAUUCCUAAAAAUGCAUCGCUUUAAUCGCUUUAAUUAAUUUAUUUUAAAUACAGAACCGUGAUCGAUUCAUUCACUAGGACCAA